GUGACCUGCAAUGGUGUUGUGGAAAAUGCUGCAGUGUUUCGGGAGCCAGUAGAGAAGGCGGAGAGAGAGAGAGGAGGGUCUGUCAGUGAGGAAUGGUGUUGAUUAGGGUUACAGAGGAGUACUGUGAUCAUAUUACAGAGAAGGGGGGAACAAUGUCUGUAAUGGCACAUUGGAAGCACAUAGCCAGAAACUGAACGGACUGCCACAUUGGAUACAUUUUGAGUUUUUUUUCUUCCUUUGCUCAGUCUGACGCUUUUUUUUGCUGCUGCUACUGUUGUUGUUGUUGUUGUUGUUGUUGUUGUAGAGAUUUUUAGGAAAUGAUCCCCAAGGUGAAGCAAAUAGAAAAAUGUUAGAUAAUGGAUUAGCGGCAACUGAGGAAGGGGGAGACAUCGAGAGUAAAAAGAAAAGUGAUUUUUAUCCUGUGAUGGCCGAAGCCUGGCUGCUUAUGUGCUAGGCAGGGCUCGGCGAAAACACUUUUAUUGUCUCGGUUAGGAAGAGACUGCGUGCAGCUCUGAUGCUGAAAAACUCGUACACUGAUUUCAGAGCGGCAUAGCGGCAGACAGCACCACCAUCAUGGUUUUAACAGCUGCAGCUCGGAUUACCCUUGUACUUCUUAGAAAUCAUGUUUCUGUCAGUACGAGGAGAAACCGUGUUGUGUGCCCGGUCUCUCGGAACGUCUAGAAAAUAGUUCGUGCUGUUUUUUUUUUGCAAAUGAGACAAAUAGAGCCCAUCUAAAAGCUGUUUAUUGGAAACAAAGAAGCCCGUCUCGUUAUUUUUUUUUUCCUUUCUCUCUCUCUCUUUAUCUGAAUGUAACCCCGGCGUCUCUAUUGUCGUGCUCGGCAAUUCCUAAUCGUUAGCAAUCAUGUUCGCAGUCCGCAUCGUCACGGCAGAUUACUACAUGGCCAGUCCUCUGAAAGACUUGGACGUUUGUCGCUCUGAAUUCAGAGAGAGCGAAGUCAAGAGGGUGCCCGUGGUCCGGAUCUUCGGGGCGACACCCGCAGGCCAGAAAACCUGCCUUCAUCUUCAUGGCAUCUUUCCCUAUGUAUACGUCCCAUACGAUGGCUACGGACAGCAGCCAGAGAGGUACCUGCGGCAGGUGGCUUUCAGCAUCGACAGAGCGAUCAAUGUGUCCAUGGGGAACCCUUCCUCCAGCGCUCAGCAUGUGUUCAAGGUGGCGCUGGUCUCUGGAAUGCCUUUCUAUGGAUACCAUGCGAAGGAGAGGCAGUUCAUGAAGAUCUAUUUGUACAAUCCCCUGAUGGUCAAAAAGGUCUGUGAGCUGCUGCAAGGCGGAGCCGUCAUGAACAAGACCUACCAGCCCCACGAAGCUCACAUCCCCUACCUGCUGCAGCUCUUCAUCGACUACAACCUGUACGGCAUGAACCUCAUCAACCUGGGAGCUGUCAAGUUCAGGAAGAGCCGCAGGAAAGAGGAGGAGCGAGGAUGCCCUAAGGAUGGAGGCACCGGUCCCGGCAGCAGGGCCAACAGCAGUCUGUGGAGGAGUCCUUGCACCUCCAAGGUCCAGCUGUCCAGCCCCUCGCUGGGAGGGACAUUCGUGCGCUGGGAGGAGGAGGCCAUACCGAGCUCUCUGGUCCUGGAGGGCGUGGAGAAGCAGAGCACGUGCGAGCUGGAGGUGGACGCGGUGGCUGCCGACGUCCUGAACCGCCUGGAGAUCGAGACUCAGAUCGGGAGGAAUCCUGGCUUACAAGCCAUCUGGGAGGACGAGAAACAACGACGCAGGGAGAAGAACGAAUCCACUCAGAUAGAGCCUGCAGAUUCCCAAGAUCGGGGAUUUGUUGCAACUGCAGAAAGCGAAAGAAUUUUUUUGAAGAGACUGAAGGAGAUCUUGAAGCAAAACGAUUUCUCUGCGUCUUUCUCAGAGUCUCUGGAUGACGCUGAGGAACCUGAAAUGUUUCCUGUUGAACUUUCACUGCACUCAGAUUUCUUGACACCUGAAGCCCUUCAGUGCACACCAGCAAACCUCGUGGAAGUUCACAAAGACAGUCAGCCAGGUCCCAAGAAAAUCCCAGCUAGUGAAAGUGAAGUCGCUAUUGUGGAUGAGGAAGCCAUUCUCAGCCUGCUGGAGAGCAGUCAGGCUUUCCAGUCGUCGUCUCAGAGACUUAUUCAGUCCCCCAUUCUAGACAGCAGUCAGGACCUGGCGCUGGUGGACCUGCUGGCCGGCCUGGAGGAGGACGGGCACGAGGCGGAGAGGCCGAGGAAGUCCUCCCAGCAGCAGCUCUCGGGGAGCCGCGGCCACUACUACAACAGCGACGAGGAGGAGGCGGGGCCUGAGCUGGCCAGGGAGGAGGCGGAGCUCAGUCUGGUGAUGUCACAGAGAUGGGACAGCGACAUUCCGGAGCACAGCUCCAAACACAGACUCUCCGGGAAGCAUGGGGGCGACAGCUCGAGCGAGGAGGAGCAGGAGUCCUCAGAGGAGGAGAUGGACUGGAGUGGGAACAGCCCUCUCUUCGCCAGCCUGUCCAUCCCGCAGCUGGACGGGGCUGCAGAUGAAAACAGUGAUACAUCAUUAAAUGACAAAGGCUCCAGGACACAUUCAUCUUUGACUGCCACUGACAAGAUUCUUGGAAAGAGGAACCCGUUUCCGAAUGAAACUGUCACCCUAGAACCUCCUUCCUCAGCUAAAAUCCUGCUGGAGUGCAAACAUCCAGAGCAUCACCAGGCCCUGUCCCUAGAUGCAGAAGAAUCAAAAGAGAAGCACUUUGUUUCGAAAAGCUCCGCCAUCCUGGAAAAUAAAACUGACUCACCGGUGUAUAAGAAAAACAAGGAAAGCACGUAUACCAUCAAAUAUCCCGUUCCCUGCUCAAACAACUCAAACAAAAAUGAAAUCUUCCAGAUAGACGCCGAUAAAAUUGAUAUACCUUCCAUCUUCUCCUAUGAAAAGAAGGGCAUGACCCUUAACAAACCUGACCCAGAGGGCAUCCCGUUUGAAAAUGGCAAGAACAGGAAGAAAUAUAUGAGCAUUAAAAGUUCGGAAAAGGGUCAUAUCCCAAUGCUUCAGAAUCACCGGAAAUUUGCCCUCUGCUACUCCGAAUUGAGGAGCACUCCUUCCAAAGCCGAACAUGACAUCAGUCCAAAUAGUGCUUUACUUAAAAAGGUCAAUCCAAUUCCAAUCCCAAACCCGGCAGACGGAGAUGGUCCCGUGGCUCCACAGGAGGGAGAAAUAGGCAAAGCUAGCAGGGAGGUCGACAUGGGGGAGCUGAAGAUUAGAUAUGAAGACUAUCAAGAAAACAAGACUGAGACGACAAUCAUGACUCAGCAGGAGGCUCACUACAAGUUUUUCCCCAGUGUAAUCCUCUCUAACUGCCUCAACAGGCCAUCUAUCAAGUGUCUUACCAAGCCAGGCGCUGGCAGACUUGACCAAGACGACCGCCGAUCAAGGCUAAAGUUAGGCAAAAAGAAAGUUGGUGUGUCUUGUCAGAAGUCCAGGGUUCACGCUGUCGAAAGCCCAGGAGCCGAUGGUCAGGAUGCAGCCGCCUUCACGUCGUUGAAGGCCACUUGCCGAAAGAGUGGGGAGGUGGAGGGGACGUCAGAGAACAGCCCUGUGGAUCUCAUGAGGGCCAUUCCUAGCGUCGCGGGCUGUGCAGAAUCCUCGAGCGAAGAAAACAGGCUCGACCUGUCGAAUUUCCCAGAGUGUCACGCUCAGCUAGUACCUGCCAAGCCCUUGGGUUUACCUGGGAGCAAGUACACCCUGAGGGCAAAACGGAAGGUGAGCUAUGAGAGUGAGGACGGGGAACCGUCCAGUACAAGUAGCAAUCAGCCAGUCAAGUCUGCUUUUGCCCCGAGAGACAGUCUGAAGGAUAGUUGUGUUCUCAGUUGUCAUGAGUACAAAUAUCAGAAGCGGCGAAAAAUGUCCAAGAGAGAGCCCCCGAUUAUCAUCAAGUAUAUCAUCAUUAACAGAUUUAAAGGGCAGAAGAACAUGCUUGUUAAGAUGGCCAAAGUGAGCGCCGAGGAGGAUCAGGUUGUACUGACCCCCGAAAGGCUACAGCAGUACGAAAAGCUGGCUCCGCUCAAGAAUUUCUGGCCCAGGGUUCCAGAGUCCACUGCGGUGAAGUAUCCCAUUUAUCCAGCAAAGCCAAAAAGGUCACAGAAAAGGAAAGCGAAGAUUAAUUCGGCGUCCAAGAAAAAAGUCGCCAUUUCCCCAAAAGCCAGGGGUGGACAAAUUAGGACGAUAAGAAGGACUAAGUCUGCUAAGAAACGUCUGACCUUGGCUACACUCCCCCCGCCCCUGCCCGUCUAUAAUGAAGAGACCAAUGACUUUUCCACAGAGUAUGUCGAUGUCAUGUCCAAGUUAGGGUAUCUGUCGGAUAGAGUGCCGAGCCCUACAGACGCCUCCCCGCCUCGGUGCUGGUCACCCAGCGAUCCACACACAGAGUCCACUUCCACAGAGCUGCCGUUCAGCCCUUUCCCUUUGCGUGAACCGUCGUCCAGCUCUUCGUGUCUGAAGCCUGGGGAGGAGUUGUCGGGAAGAGGGGUUCGCAGGGGUCGCCUCGGCCGACCCAGGAAGGUGGCUUCUUCCAGCCCGAAAAGGAGACGGGGUAAGGGUCCCCGGAAGGAGUCGGAAGACGAAUCUGCCAGAAAGGAAAUGCCAAAAAGGAAAACGGGCGCGGGAGUUCAGAGGAGGCGGAAGAAGAAGUCCGACGCAACGCCAGAUAGGAGCCAAGAGGAAGGCACGACCAAAAUAAAAAAAAUCAGAAAGCCUCGCAAAAAGAAGCAGUCUGAAGAAAAUAGUGACCCCCCCUCCAGUGGAGGUUGCAAUAGUUCCCAAGUUCUCUUUCCUGGAGAAGAUCUCCCUCUCAAGGAAUGUUCAGCUGCCGAUCUCCCUGCCUCACAGCUACCAAUGUCGGACAAAGGAAGUGGAGAUCUGUCUAGUGCACCAAGCGCUGCCAAUUCAACAAAUCAGUCUUUAUUACCGGAAAAUGAACAGAAGUCUGAGGCCCCUAAAUGUUCCGAUUCCAAAAUGAGUCAAGUUGUUUGCGAUAAGUCUGGUCCAGUGAGAGUACAGCCCUCCCAAAACCAAAGUGUUCACUUGUGUGGUAACAAUGAGCCUACACAGGCUUCGGCAGGUUCACAGUCUGGUUCACAGAUUGUUUUGGGAGCAUCGCAAGUACCUGAUCUGGUCAGUUCUCAGAGCAGUUGCCCUCUGUCUUUUGAGCAGACCAGUGGGACAAGCCUUCCCUGUUCUCCUCCCGUGGUUAUUUGUAAUAGAACCACCUCGGAGACCCCUUGUCAAAAUGUUUUCCUGGCUUCACAGCAAGCACCCCUCACAGUGACACCGGCUGAAUUCAAGGCAGAAGUGCCUUCUCCCCUGCUUUUGAGCUCUGAAGACUGCAGAAGCUCCACGCAGUCUUCUGAUGGCAGGACCCCAGCAAAACCAAAAAGACGUCCUUACAAGAAGAAAGAAAAGGGAGAAGGUCUUGGAGGAGCUCAGUUUACCCCUAUUAAAAUAAAACCGAAGUCCAAGUCUAGUUCUGGAGAUGGUGAUGGAGUGGCCAGCCACUGUCCACUGCAGUUCAACUACAAGAAUGGAGAAGGGUGGCCUGCGGUUGCCGAGGCACCCUCGGGCAUUGCUGUUUUGAAGGAGCUCCUUCAGAAGAGGCAACAGAAGGUGCUGGAAGGGACAGCCUCUGAAUGUGCUCCCGGUGCAACAGAGCCUGGCAGCUGUCCCCCCAUCCCUGUCAGUAAGCCCACUAAGGCGAAAAGAGCUCCCUCAUCAACUCCCAGAAAACCCAGGAAGCCCAAGCCUCAAGCCCCUAAGGAGAAGAAGCCGAGGAGCAGGAAAGGCAAGAACGCAAAAACACAGGAACCUGUUCAGCCUGAUCCUCCCGCGUCAGACGGCAGCCCCAUCUUUCAUUCUGACCCUGGCUUCGAGAGCUGCUACUCCUUCGAGGACAGCUUAUCCCCGGAGCUCCCGCACAACUACAACUUUGACAUCAAUGCCAUAGGUCAGACGGAGUUUUGCAGCCUCUACAUGGGCAGCCAGUUUGUGCUGGCCGACAAGAAUCUCCCCCAGAAGUUCCUCAGCGAUGUGGUCCAGGAUCCUAUCCCUGCCCCUCCUGUGACUGUGGAGAACGUGUCCGACGGGGUACCCGGCGCUGGGGAGGAGCUCCAGCCCAGCUCCGAAUGGCAUAAGGCUCACCCGAAUAGCCCCGACCUCUUCGAUAAGUCGUCUUCGGAAAACAAAGAAGGCCUUGCCACGCAGCUGGCUGCGUCUUUGCUGGAUUCUGACAGUGGGAGGGAGCUGGCAGCCGCAAGGGUUACGAGAAACAAGGAAAGUACGGCUUCCCUCAGCAAAGUAAAUGGUAUCAGCCACCUUCAGCCUUGUAAAAGAGGCUUCCUUGAUGAAGGAAGGUACGCAUUAUCUUCGUUUGACCCCUUUCUGCCACUGCCGUUGAAUUCCACAUCUUUUGUGGAUCUCCUGGGUUCCCCGACCGGUGAUUUCAUGGAAGGAAAUGAUGUCUUGACAACGACGCCGAGCAGCUCCCCGAGGUCAGUCAGCUCGCUGUCUCAGCUGAAAAACGGCAGCCACCCACUUCGGGGUACAGGGGGAGCUCACAUCCUAAAGCCCCUCAUGUCACCCCCAAACCGAGAUGAGAUUGUGUCCACCUUGCUGGAUCUAGAUCUGUCAGAGGCUACUUAUCAAGAGCCUUUCUGCAGCAACCCUUCUGACGCUCCAGGAAAGCCGAGGGAAGUUGGUGGGCGCGUGCUGACGGUGGAGACCAGACUCGCCAAGGAGUUGGCAGAGUUUGAUGGGGAUUUUUCCUCGGAAGGACUGCAGCUUUGGAAGACCGCGUUCGCCAUGAUGACUCGGCCCGGAUCCCCCACGGCACACGGGGCGGGAACUCUGGACAGCGCCCGGAGCCGCCCGGACAACAGCCCCGCGUCUGCGAACAGUCGGAAGGUGGUCGUUGUCCCCUGCAAGAAUGCGCCCAGUCGGGACAGGGUGCAGCUCUGGCUCCAGGCGAAGAGGGAGUUUGAGCAGUGUCAGAGGGAAAAGAAGGAGACAGCGGGCACCGGAAGAGGUGAUGCGCACGAGGAAGACGAAAAGGACACGGCAAAGAGGAGCUUGGUGGCUCCCGCGGACAAGCUGAACGACAAUGAGUCCCACAAGACUGCAGCUUCGCAGGAGGCAGGGGCGAAAGGAGCCGAGCGGUCCUCCCAGCCCUUACCGGCAGGGUCCUCGGAGAGCCAAAGACGCCAGGCCCUGGCUGUCGUUGUCGAGCAGGGAGAGGAAGAAGAGGAUUACUAUAAAAGCUACAGCUCUCCUGAUUCCCCGGUCCUGCCACCCUGGCAGCAAGCCGCCUCUCCCUGCUCUUCCCAGGCCAGAUUGGAGGAGGGAGAGGAGAAAAGAACUGAAUUGGCGUCUCCCAGGCUUCCUGAACCUGACGACCUGCUGCUUCUCCCAGCCUGCCCCUCCCCCUUGUGCCCCUCCCCCUUGUCUCAUCCCGCGAAGGCUGCUGGGAAUUGUAGUUUCAUCCAGCUCCACAGUACUCCAGUCAAUAAGAGGAGGAGAAGCGGGGAGGUUUCUGAACUAAUUGGCACUUCUCCCAUCACUUCAGAUGUGGAAACAAAAUCUCAGAAGCUGGGCCAGAGAAGAGGCAGACAUGCUGACCCACUAAGGAGAGUGCUCUUAACCACACAAAUGAAGAAUCAGUUUGCCGCUUUAAAUGUUCCAAAGAAAGACAACUCCCAGAUUGAAGGUCCGUCCCUCAACAAUUCGUAUGGCUUUAAAGUCAGCAUGCAGAACCUACAGGAGGCUAAAGCACUGCAUGAGGUGCAGUAUUUGACAUUAAUGAGCCUGGAGCUGCAUGCUCGGACCAGGCGGGACUUGGAGCCUGACCCGGAGUUUGAUCCGAUAUGUGCCUUAUUUUACUGCAUCACCUCUGAUGCACUUCUGCCUGGUACAGACAAGACGGAGCUCACAGGCGCUAUAGUGGUGGACAAAGACUACAGCAGCUGUGGACCAGGUUCCGAGAGCACAGCACCCCUACUGGUCAGAUCAGGGAUUACAGGUCUACAGGUCACUUACACCACUGAUGAGAAAGAACUCUUUCAAGCAGUGAUUGAUACAAUCCGAAGAUACGACCCUGACAUCCUCCUGGGCUACGAGGUUCAGAUGCGCUCCUGGGGUUACCUCCUGCAGCGGGCCUCUGCGCUGGGCGUGGACUUGUGCCAGCAGCUGUCUCGCGUACCAGGUGACGCAAAAGAGAACCGUUUUUCUGCAGAGAGUGAUGAGUAUGGAGCCGACACCAUGACCGAGAUCAACAUCAUCGGACGCAUUACUCUCAAUGUCUGGAGAAUGAUGAAAACUGAGGUGACUCUGAACAACUACAGCUUUGAAAACGUGGCGUUCCACGUGCUCCACCAGCGGUUUCCUCUCUUUUCUCCUCGCACCCUCUCGGAAUGGUUUGACCACCGGACGCACCUGUACAGGUGGAAGGUGGUGGAUCACUACGUCGGCCGGGCCCGCGGGACCCUGCAGCUGCUGGAGCAGCACGACCUGAUUGGCAGGACCAGCGAGCUGGCCAGGCUGUUCGGCAUCCAGUUCUUCCACGUGCUGACCCGCGGCUCCCAGUACCGGGUGGAGUCCAUGAUGCUCCGGAUUGCCAAGCCCAUGAACUACAUCGCGGUCACCCCCAGCACACAGCAGAGGGCCCAGAUGAGGGCGCCUCAGUGCAUCCCCCUGGUGAUGGAGCCCGAGUCGCGCUUCUACAGCAACUCGGUGCUCGUGCUGGACUUCCAGUCCCUCUACCCCUCCAUCGUCAUCGCCUACAACUACUGCUUCUCCACCUGCCUCGGCCACGUUGAGAACCUGGGCACGCAUGAUGAGUUCAGGUUUGGCUGCACGUCUCUGCGAGUUCCUCCGGACCUGCUGUACCUCCUUCGGAACGACAUUACAGUGUCACCCAAUGGGGUGGCCUUUGUGAAGGCCUCGGUGAGGAAGGGGGUGCUGCCGAGCAUGCUGGAGGAGAUCCUGAGGACGCGGAUCAUGGUGAAGCAGUCGAUGAAGGCCUACAAGCACGACAAAGCCAUCACCCGCAUGCUGGAUGCCCGCCAGCUGGGGCUCAAGCUGAUUGCCAACGUCACCUACGGCUACACUGCUGCUAACUUCUCUGGGAGAAUGCCGAGCGUGGAGGUGGGCGACAGCAUCGUGCACAAGGCCAGGGAGACCCUGGAGAGAGCCAUCAAGCUGGUGAACGACACUAAGAAGUGGGGGGCUCAGGUGGUGUACGGCGAUACGGACAGCAUGUUCGUGCUGUUGAAAGGAGCUACCAAAGAGCAGGCGUUCAAGAUCGGGAACGAGAUUGCCGAGGCUGUGACCGCGACCAACCCCAAGCCAGUCAAGCUGAAGUUUGAGAAGGUGUAUUUGCCAUGUGUGCUGCAGACGAAGAAGAGGUAUGUGGGCUACAUGUACGAAAGCCUGGACCAGAAGGACCCAGCCUUUGACGCCAAGGGCAUCGAGACGGUGCGCAGAGAUGGCUGUCCUGCUGUGUCCAAGAUACUGGAGCGCUCCAUCCGGCUGCUGUUCGACACGCGCGACGUGAGCCAGGUGAAGCAGUACGUGCAGAGGCAGUGCGUGAAGAUCCUGGAGGGGAAGGCCAGCAUGCAGGACCUGACCUUCGCCAAGGAGUACCGGGGCAGCGGCUCGUACCGGCCUGGCGCCUGCGUGCCCGCCCUGGAGCUCACCAGGCGCAUGCUGGCCUACGACCGGCGGCUGGAGCCGCGGGUGGGGGAGCGCGUGCCCUACGUGGUGGUGUACGGGCUCCCCGGGGUGCCCCUCAUCCAGCUGGUGCGCCGGCCCGUCGAGGUGCUGCAGGACCCCGGCCUGCGGCUCAACGCCACCUACUACAUCAGCAAGCAGAUCCUGCCCCCGCUGGAGCGCGUCUUCGCGCUGAUCGGCGUGGACGUCUUCAGCUGGUACCAGGAGCUGCCCAGGGUGCAGAAGGCAGGCUCGGCGGCGGGCGGCGAGGAGGCCGGGCGCAAGGGCACCAUCUCGCAGUACUUCACCACGCUGCACUGCCCCGUGUGCGACGAGCUGACGCAGCUGGGGGUGUGCAGCCGCUGCCGGGCCGAGCCCCAGCGCGUGGCCGUCACGCUGAGCCAGGACGUGCGUCACUGGGAGCGGCUGACCGACCUUCUCAUUCAGAUCUGCAGGACCUGCACGGGCGGGGCGGAGCGGCAGCUGCAGUGCGUCUCUCUCGACUGCCCCGUCCUGUACAAGCUGUCCAGGGUGAGCCGCCAGCUGUCCAAGGCGCCGUACCUGCGGCGGCUGCUCGACCAGUUCUGAGCCACGCCCGCGGCCCCCCCGCCCCCCGUUGGUGCUAAACCUCCUCGGUCUCCGACGCCCUCCACACGUUCUCCAUGGUGCUCUGGUUUAACCCCAUUGGGUUAAGUAUUUUGUCGUCGCUGUGGUUAUGACUAGGACUCGAUCGUAAUGUCUCCGCCACCUCUCGUAGGCACUAGCUUGAGGCUGGCCACUGGAAAGAAACUUCGAAGGAGCUCUGGAGGCGUAAGCUGCCCUUGUUCUGAUAAACUGACCAUGUAACCAGCUGCUAAUUACUGUAAGUAAACGGCUAGCCUUUUCCAAGCCAAUACGAAGACGCUUCAUGUCGUCUUCCGAAGGCAUCGUAGUCACUGUCGAAACAGAAGGGGACAUGUUGGUCUUCGCCAUGUUGUUUUUUAUGCGCUGUAGCAUUUGUAAAUGCAAAACCUCUAUUGAGCACCUUCUAACCCAAGGCAGACAAAUUAACCACUGUUUAAAAACAAUUUCUUUUUAUAGAAAUGCGAAACUUUUGUAAAUAAGAAAUCCUUUCCUUGUAAAGUGGCUGAUGAAUUCAUGUGCACCAGACUAAAGAAAAAAAAAAAGAUUUUUUUUAUCUCUGUUUCCGGGUGCAAUGUGUAUGUGUCUUCAUUCAUUUUUUUCUGCCUGAAAAGGAUUGUUUUAUUUAUGUAUUUCUGCAAAAAUAGUCCUCAAACUCUCUGAAUCCCAUGGCACGCCUAUGGGAUAGUGGGCAGAAGAGCAAGUGUCUAAGUUUUCAAAAGCUUCUGGGACUGUUGCAAUACUGUAUUUUGAUAAUUUAUGGCAAGAGUAUAUAUUAUUUCUUUGUGCAUAUUUGUUUUGUACACACAUUUCUAAUGCUUUCUAUAUGCUCAACAGUAAGUGUUCCCUACCUAUGUAAAGACUGAUUAUACAAUUUGCCAAACAAUUGUACACACAAUGUGUAUUUGUAUAACUGUAUAAAAAAUGAAGGAACUGUGACUCAGUUUUUUUAAAAAUUGAUAUUACUGUGGGUGGAGGUGUAAAUCAUCAGACAAUUUAAUAAAACUCAAUGUAUGAAA